AUGGAAGAGGCAAGGGGCACAAACGGACAACAGGACGUAGAUCAGUCUAAAGUCGAUCCGGAAUGGGUCAUGGAACUAGAGGAGAAAAGGGUUGAGGCUGAAAAAAAGCUUGCCGAUGCUGUAAUGGUGAUGGCAGAGGCAUCUCGCAUGCAAGCUGAAGUAGCCCGCACACAAGCUCACAUAACUGGCACACUCGUAGAGCUUGUGCAAAGGCAAAGCGAAGAAAUACGUGCCUUGCUUGAAGCACGGAGACUACCAGAACUCUAA